GUCGAAAUAUCCCUUUCCCUCCGCCAUCUUUAUAACCACCGCCAAAAUUUCUGCAGCUGAUUUUUAUAACUAUUUGUUCAGUUUCUGUUCAAUCUACCACGAUGGCUCAAUACAUACAGGUGGUGGAAGACGAAAAUGAUGAGCCCGUUGAGAUUCCAAGUGAACCUGACGGUACUCUGCUUCUAACCACACUUUCCGCACAAUUUCCUGGUGCAUGUGGAUUAAAAUACCGAAACCCUGAAUCCGGGGCUUUCCGUGGUAUACGGCUUGUCGAAGGAGUCUUGCACCCACCAGACGGAGUUUGGGGCAGUUUCCAGUAUCUCGCAGUUUUCCCGAAAGAGAACAAAAGAAAGGGUGAAGAUGGAUUUGACAACCCAGCAGCUAAAACUAAGAGAUUAGAGAAUCAGAAAUGCUCAGAUCUUAUUGUACUUGGCCUGCCAUGGAAAAGCACAGAAGAUGACCUUACAAAGUAUUUUCAACAGUUUGGUGAACUCAUUUUAGUACAGGUAAAAAGAGAUCCUAAGAGUGGACAAUCAAAGGGUUUUGGAUUUAUUCGUUUUGUCAACUAUGAAUCUCAAGUUAAAUGUUGCGCUCAACGUCAUAUGAUUGAUGGCAGGUGGUGUGAUGUAACAAUUCCUAAUUCAAAGUCAGGUGAUGGCUGGGACAAGAAGGCCCAGCAUUCACACCAUAGUGACUACAGAUCUUCAUCCUACCAUCAAGGCUACAACUUUACCCCCUAUGCGAAUCAAGGAGCGGGCAACUUUUCCUUUGGGUCAGGGUCUGGUUAUGAUGAUGGUGUAGAAGGGAGUUACCAGCAGGAGGGAAGCAACCAAAUGAUGAACCGCAAAGUCUUCAUUGGACGUGUAACAGAGGAUAUUAGUGCUGAGGACCUACGUAACUACUUCAGCAAAUUUGGUGAAGUAGUUGAUGUCUUUAUCCCUAAGCCAUAUCGUGCAUUUGCUUUUGUGACCUUUGCUGAUGCUGAGACUGCUCAGGCUUUGUGUGGAGAAGACCAUAUAAUCAAGGGCGCAAGUGUUCAUGUUAGCAGUGCAGCUCCCAAAUCUUUUGAUAAGGGUUCAGAACGUAAAGGCUUUGGACAAGGAGGUGGUGGCUAUAAUCAAGGAGGUGGUUGGGGUCAAGGAAGAGCUGCUGCACCGGGACCAGUAGGUGGUGGUAAGGUGGCGAAUGGAGCUGAUGGGCUUGGUGGUAAUCUUGGUAUGAACCUUCUCAAUUCUGCCAUGCUUGCUGCAGCUCAAGCCAUGCUUCAAAAUCAGGGUGGCUGGGGGGCUAUGAAUCAAGGUCCCUCUCAAGGUGGCAGUGGGGGAAAUAUGGGUGGUGGAGAUCAUCAGGCACCACCACCAAUGGCACCUUUGGCUAAUCAGAGUGGUUUUGGAAGCAUGGGUGGAGGAAGUGGUGGGGGAGCUGGAGGUUCAGGGGGAAACUGGUGGGGGAAUGAAGGCACUUCGUCAUCUGGUGGUGGUCAUUAUGGUGGUUGGGGUGGAUCUCAUGGUGGGAGAGGUAGUGGGGGCUGGAGUUAAUCAGUAUUGAGUGCCUCAUGAGUAAGUUUUUAAUCAGACGAGUGAAAGCAGGGAGGAACGAGGAGCGAUUUUUGACUGAUUGCGUAGGAUUAAAGACUGGGUAAAUGAGUGUUAGAAAGUGUUUUACACAUUUUGCAGCUUUUAAAAAUCGUUGUAUCAUUCAUUUUUCUUAUCAUGCAUCACAAUUUAUUCAUUUCAUUUUGUAUAUUAUGAUUAUUUGAUUUUAAAUUGUAAUAAGUGGCCAUUGAAAUCUUCUGAGGCCCUUUCCUAUUCUUGUAAAUAUUUUCUUAAAUAUCAUUGGUAUAUAUUAUAUUGUCAGAGUUUCUUGGUUUUCUUCUAAUCUGGAGCAAAAUAUUUCAUUGUUAACAUCUCAAAUGAAAUUAUUACUUGGAUGUUAGUUUACUUCACUUUGUUAUGUAUUGGGAUGAUUUUCAUUUUGACACUAGUGGUAUUUUAAAAUUCUUUUCAUUUUAAACUUGUAUGAAAAGCGGGUUGCUUGAUUGAUUGAGAAUAGUUGCAACUUGGUGAAGUUUUUACUACAUGAAAAGAAUGGGAUAUGCAUGCUCGAGCGCUGUAUGCUGCUAUUCUUAUGUGGUAAACUUGCAGUUUCCAAGAGUUAACAAAUGCCAAUUUUGAGUGCAGAAAGAAAAGUAGCUAUUUGAAAGAGCUGAGCAUUUACCGUGAGUUGGGAUUUGCGAAUUUGUUAUUCGUUUGAAUGUGAAUUAGCUAGGAGAAAAAUCUAUUGCUGCAUUGUGAAAUCGGACCAUAUUUGUUUGAUGACUAUUGAGAAGACUGCAAGGUUGAUAUACUAAGAGUGAUUGAAAUUGAAGACCAUUUAAGCACUGCAUUAUUUCGUCAUUCUCGGCUGCAGUAUGAAAUCUCAAAUCCCAUCUCUUAAAUUUUAGUUGGCACUUUUUUAGCAAUUGAUCAAGCAAUCCUUUAUAAUAAGUACAAUUUAAAUAAACUGGUUAAUUCUACUUGAAAUAUGAAGUUAUUAAAGUUGUGAUUAGUAAUUAGUGUUCCCGAGUUAAACUUUUAUGUCGUAAUAUCAGAUAGGUGUUAAUAAAUUGUCAAAUGUUUGUUGUGUGCAUUUUUUUGUCUUUUUUUUUUUCAUUUAAAAAUAUGUACAGGAAAAAUUAAAUGGUCUUCAUUAAUAGUGA